UCACUAUUUUCCAGUUCCAGUCGUUAGCAGAAGCAGACAGAGAACGCUAACUAAACCAUACCUUGCCAUACAAUACAGCCCAGCCAUCAGACACCCCUUAACAAUAUUAAGCGGUUUUAAAUUUAAUUAUAAAAAUAAAUUAAGUUAUUCUUUCGCUUUGUGCAACAUAGUGUUGUUCUGUUGUUUCCUGUCAUGAGUUGGGGAUAUGAUACUGAAAAUGGCCCACAAGAGUGGUUUAAGUUGUUUCCACAAGCAUCAGGACACAGACAGUCUCCAGUCGAUAUCAAUACACUAACAGCUAAGCGUGACAGUGAUUUGAAGGAAAAUUGUCUUGUAUGGAAAUAUGUGGGAAGCGAUUCUCGAAGCUUGGUUAACACUGGACAUGGUUGGAAAAUUGACGUUAUCGGAAAUGAUUCCCUUCUUAGUGGUGGACCACUCGGAACAAAUCAAUAUCGUCUAGAACAAUUUCAUUGCCAUUGGGGUUGCUCAGAUGAACAGGGUUCAGAGCACACUGUUGAUGGUGAAUCAUAUUCUGGUGAACUUCAUUUCGUACAUUGGAACACUUCCAAAUAUAGUAGCUUCUCCGAGGCCGCUGCUUUUCCAGAUGGCUUAGCUGUAUUAGCUUUGUUUUUAAAGGCAGGAAAUUAUCAUCCUGAAUUGGAAAAGGUUACUCAAUUGCUGCCUUUCGUUAUGCACAAGGGAGAUCGUAUAACUUUGCCAAAUGGUUGUGACCCAAAUAAUUUUCUUCCGAGCGAAUGUACGUACUGGACCUAUGAAGGAUCUUUGACUACACCUCCUUGUUCGGAAUCAGUAACAUGGAUUGUUUUGAAGACACCAGUCGAAGUGUCUCACGAACAAUUGGAUGCUAUGCGAAAUUUAAAUUGUUAUGAUGUCAAAGCUGAAUGUCCAGCUAAUGACAUCAAAGGAAAGCUCGUUCUCAAUUACAGGCCUCCUCUUCCAUUAGGCAACCGAAUCUUAAGAGAACCCGGUGAGCAUUAGGCACUAUCUAAUGUUUAUAAAAGUGAAACCUUAACGAAAACUGUAUUAUUUACUCGCAUUAUUAAUAGUAUUACCAAGGAAGUGAUUUUUCCAUUCAUAA